AUGGCAGCUUUGCAGAAGUUCAAGAUCCUGGCGACGCCAUGUGGGGUUGUCCAGAGCCCCACCGGGAGCUCCAGAACAAGCCCACUGGUGCAACUGCCGCGCAAGAUGACUACCUUACGGAUGUUACUGACCAAGAACACCAGCCGCUAUUCGCAAAAACUGCUUUCAAGUCAACAAGAAGUUGUUGUCCUGGUUGAUCAUGAACAUGACGUUUUGGAUGAGACGAAGAAGAAGAAGAGUCAGAGCAACACUUUGAAGGACCUGUUUUUGUCUUCUUUUGAAGAUGACAACGUUCGUAAUGUCAAGGCUGAUGAUGAUGAUGAUGAUAUGAAGGUUAGAGACAAGAGUGAAAUUUUGUUAAUGAAGAAGUUGCAGGGUGGUUUGGGAGGUGAACCUGGUAUGUCUAGACCAGUUUGGGUUGGGUUUAGACAUAGAUUGCUCAGGAAAGCUUGGAAGCCUAAGCUUGUUUCUAUUCCUGAGUAA